AUGAGCGGGUAUAAGGAUCAGCAUGGACAUGAGAGACAACAAUUUAAAGCAACCGUUAUGUGGAAUGAUAUUAUCAAUUACCUGAAUGAGAAUCUACCGAUUCCAAACAAGUCUUACAAAAAAAAAGGAUUCCAGAAUUCCUUUACUGGUAAAGAGCUUUUGCGGGUCUUAGCUUCCUUUGCAAAGGAAAAGGACAAGCAACUACAACAUGCUCAGUUAUGCAAGUUAGGUCAAUAUUUAAUAGAUAGAAAUGUUCUUAUUCGCCUCGAUUCUAAGUUAGCAAAAUUUAGGACAAAAAAUAGUACAUAUUGCUUAGUCAACCGGAAAAAUAGUGAUACAAAGCUAAAAGACUACAAUUUGGUUAAGAUCCUUCGUGCUGCCGACGGAUCAAAGAAAGCUCACACUCGCAGUGCUACAUCGAAAAUUUCUGACAUCACUGGGGGUAGUAGUUACGAAAUGGGAAUAAAAAGUAUGACAAGAGAAAUCGCUUUACGCCGGUUACUGCAACUCAUAGAAAUUCCUUUCUUAGAAGACGUUAUGAAAUUUCGAGAUACAAUGUCUACUCUUUCGUUAGAUCAAAGUAACUGUGAUGGCGAUGACUUUCAAUCCUUUUUGGCCAUCAUAAGCAAGCAGAACUAUUCUGAGAUAUAUCACUGUCAAUCGGAUACUGAUAAAACUUGGGUAGCGUUAGCAUUCAACUGCCUCAACAAGCCAUGGCCUGAAGAAGAAGGAAGUUUUACUAAAAAUUCAGCUCAUGAAGCGAGGAAAGAACUAUUUUAUGCUGUUUUAAGACGAUAUGAUUCCUUGUCUCAGCCUUUGCUUCCACCUAGUUUAACGGAAUCACUUCGUAAACUUCUGUCAAGUGUCAUCAAUGAUAAUUCUGUUCCAAUGAAGCGAAAAGAAAUCUUUUUAAAAUUAUUCCUUAAGCAUCAUCCUGAUGCAAGCUUCACAGAUACCAGAAAUUCCGAAUAUUUAUAA